AUGAAAUAUUGGUUACAAACCCCAGAUGAAAUCCCUGAACGUCAUCAACUUACAUAUUUUCUUAAUAAGAUACCAAAUGUGAAAAUCCCUCUUUCCAAGGAAAAUUUCUCUUCAAUUCCAGUCAUUGGACCAUUUAGUAUAGACCCAACAGAACGUGAUAAAUAUUUUGUAGAGAGCAAAUCAGAAAGUUGUACUGCAUUUUUUACUGGAUUAAUAUCAAGCUUAAUUGACACUCCUCCAACAGGAAAAACAGAAGAUUCAUUUCACUCCUUUUGGGAUGCUAUUAUUAGCAAGUCACUACAAGUAUUUGGAAAAUAUUCUAAUGAAAUGCCAGCAAUGGAUUUUGAUCGUAAUACCUCUAGAAACACAACAACAGGUCUAAAUCGACCAGAUUUUGUCUUAUUAAUGAGAAACAUUUGUGUUGUUCGUGGAGAAGAGAAAGGAGAAGGUGGAAGAGGAGAACCUGCUAGGGAAUUAAUUGAUAAAUUCAAUACUUGGGAUUAUGGAGACACUCCAUAUCUCUUUGGAUACUAUGCCAAUACCACUGCUGUUACCUUUUGUGUUCUUUAUAUUAAUGAAAAAGAACCUAUUAAUAUCAAUAGUCGAAAGAGAAAAUGCCCAGACAUUUGUAGUGAGAGACUUGCAGAAUUUGAUUUAAACAAAUUAACACAUAGAUUCAAGUUAAUGAAUUUAAUUAGAAAUAUUUGUUGCAUACUACCUAUGAUAAUUAACAUGUGUCCUUCAAAAGAAUUGCCAGAUUUUGAAACCAUAAUACGUGAUAAUGGAACUAAUAUCGAAAUUGGCUAUGAUAUUAAAAAAACAUUUCCCUCAGAAGCUAAAGUUAAACAUCUGGAAAAUUUUUAUGGGUUAAUGAGUAAUUACAAGAUCAAAUGUAUUGAUAAAUUAAUUCGUUCUCGUGAUAAUGUUGUUCACUUGAUGCCAAGGGGAAAAGAGAAGAAACCAAAAAAUCUUAAUGAAUUACUGAGAGCUAUAAUCUGUAUAUUAACCUGUUUAGAGGGCUUGCAUAAUAUAAAACCUAACCCAGUUAUGCAUAGAGAUAUACGAUGGCCGAAUGUUAUACAAUAUGAAGAUCAAUAUAUUUUGAUUGACUUUGAUUUUGCCAGCUUUUCUCCUUCAAAUGAGAAUUUACAGAACUUAAAUCCAGAUAAUCAUGCUCCUGAAAUGUUAAUAGGUGUACAUGAUGUAACAGUUGACAUCUGGGGUGUUGGAUACUUGAUUGUUUCAAGUGGUAUUAAUGAAUUGCCUGAAGAACUUUUAUCACUUUCACAAUCAAUGUGUCAAGAGAAUAUAAAUCUACGGCCAAAUGCAUUUGAUACACUUAAAGUUGUCAAAGACCCCACAAAUAAAAUCAUGAAAUAUUGGUUACAAACCCCAGAUGAAAUCCCUGAACGUCAUCAACUUACAUAUUUUCUUAAUAAGAUACCAAAUGUGAAAAUCCCUCUUUCCAAGGAAAAUUUCUCUUCAAUUCCAGUCAUUGGACCAUUUAGUAUAGACCCAACAGAGCGUGAUAAAUAUUUUGUAGAGAGCAAAUCAGAAAGUUGUACUGCAUUUUUUACUGGAUUAAUAUCAAGCUUAAUUGACACUCCUCCAACAGGAAAAACAGAAGAUUCAUUUCACUCCUUUUGGGAUGCUAUUAUUAGCAAGUCACUACAAGUAUUUGGAAAAUAUUCUAAUGAAAUGCCAGCAAUGGAUUUUGAUCGUAAUACCUCUAGAAACACAACAACAGGUCUAAAUCGACCAGAUUUUGUCUUAUUAAUGAGAAACAUUUGUGUUGUUCGUGGAGAAGAGAAAGGAGAAGGUGGAAGAGGAGAACCUGCUAGGGAAUUAAUUGAUAAAUUCAAUACUUGGGAUUAUGGAGACACUCCAUAUCUCUUUGGAUACUAUGCCAAUACCACUGCUGUUACCUUUUGUGUUCUUUAUAUUAAUGAAAAAGAACCUAUUAAUAUCAAUAGUCGAAAGAGAAAAUGCCCAGACGUUUGUAGUGAGAGACUUGCAGAAUUUGAUUUAAACAAAUUAACACAUAGAUUCAAGUUAAUGAAUUUAAUUAGGAAUAUUUGUCGCAUACUACCUAUGAUAAUUAACAUGUGUCCUUCAAAAGAAUUGCCAGAUUUUGAAACCAUAAUACGUGAUAAUGGAACUAAUAUCGAAAUUGGCUAUGAUAUUAAAAAAACAUUUCCCUCAGAAGCUAAAGUUAAACAUCUGGAAAAUUUUUAUGGGUUAAUGAGUAAUUACAAGAUCAAAUGUAUUGAUAAAUUAAUUCGUUCUCGUGAUAAUGUUGUUCACUUGAUGCCAAGGGGAAAAGAGAAGAAACCAAAAAAUCUUAAUGAAUUACUGAGAGCUAUAAUCUGUAUAUUAACCUGUUUAGAGGGCUUGCAUAAUAUAAAACCUAACCCAGUUAUGCAUAGAGAUAUACGAUGGCCGAAUGUUAUACAAUAUGAAGAUCAAUAUUUUUUGAUUGACUUUGAUUUUGCCAGCUUUUCUCCUUCAAAUGAGAAUUUACAGAACUUAAAUCCAGAUAAUCAUGCUCCUGAAAUGUUAAUAGGUGUACAUGAUGUAACAGUUGACAUUUGGGGUGUUGGAUACUUGAUUGUUUCAAGUGGUAUUAAUGAAUUGCCUGAAGAACUUUUAUCACUUUCACAAUCAAUGUGUCAAGAGAAUAUAAAUCUACGGCCAAAUGCAUUUGAUACACUUAAAGUUGUCAAAGGAUGUAAUUUUGAUAAAGUUUUAACUUUACAGUGGUUUCCUAAUGAUGGCUGGCUAAAUUGUUUUGAUAAUGAAUAA